AUGAUUUCAUCUUAUCAGGACAUUAAGGCUGAGAUUCCUUUCGAGCGAAAUGUCAAAUGUCACUUGGUCAUACCUACUGAAAAGAACUCACGGUCAACUACAAAGUAUCAUCAGAAGGGAUAUGGAGUCAAUGCUAAGCACCUCAGUCGUCAUCUCUCUGAAGGAGAGAGAAAGAAUAGGAAAAGACUUUCUGAAAUUGAGUGA